UUUGAUGCUUGGUAUUUUUUCUGGUUAAUCAUCACUCGCGGUUCCUUUCAAAAAGGACUAAAGUUUGUACUAUGCGGAGGCUCACUGCUCCGACCACCAUGGCCGCUGCAAAAUGGAUUAGUUCCAACAGUUCACUCUCCUUCAAUCAUCCAGAGUAUGAGUUAUUCAAUCAUCUAAUCGAAGCUUGUAAAUCAUCAUCGAACUUAAAGUCUGCAACUAUAACACAUGCACGAGUCAUCAGACUCGGGUACGGAACUCACCCGUCUCUUGCAGCAUCUCUGAUUUUAACCUACGUGAAGUCCGAUCACUUUAACCUAGCUUGUCUACUUAUAAAUCAAGUUUUUUCUUGGACCGUUAAUUUAACAUCUCUCAAUUCGGUUAUUGAUAUUUUAAUGAGGGCCGGAGAAUAUGAGAUUGCUCACAAGGUGUUCGAUAAAAUGCCUGACCUAGAUGUGAUUACGUGGAAUUCCAUGAUCGGUGGUUAUGUUAAAAAUGCACGGUUCGAGGAGGCGCUGAGAUUCUUCCGAGUAAUGCUUAGGGAAAAUGUUGAGCCGGAUAAGUUUACAUUUGCAUCUGUUAUAACUGCUUGUGCUCGCCUUGGAGCUGUUGACAAUGCUCGGUGGGUGCACGAGUUGAUGGUUCGGAAAGGAAUUGAAUUGAACUCUAUUUUGAGCUCUGCGUUAAUUGAUAUGUACUCAAAAUGUGGUAGAAUUGAGUUUGCGAAGGGGAUAUUUAACAGCGUAAUGAGAGGUGAUGUUUCGGUUUGGAAUUCAAUGAUUAAUGGACUAGCAGUUCAUGGACUCGCCUUAGAUGCGAUAUCAGUGUUUUUGAGGAUGGAGGUGGAGAAUGUGGUACCGGAUUGUAUAACUUUUCUUGGCGUUUUAACAGCGUGUAGCCAUUGUGGUUUGAUCGAAGAAGGGCGUAAGUACUUUGAUUUGAUGAAAAGGAGUUCUUCAAUUCGGCCGGAGCUUGAGCACUAUGGAGCUAUGGUUGAUCUCUUAAGUCGAGCUGGGCUUCUAGAAGAGGCUUAUGCUGUGAUUAAAGGAAUGCCUAUGGAGCCGGAUGUUGUUAUUUGGAGGGCACUUCUUAGCGGUUCUAGAACAUUCAAAAUGCCAGGGCUAGGUGAAGUUGCCAUUGCGAAUAUAUCACGACGUAAGAGUGGGGAUUAUGUCUUGCUGUCAAACAUGUACUGCUCUCAGGAGAGAUGGGAUAGUGCACAGGGAGUGAGGGAGAUGAUGCAAAGGAAUAAAGUUCGUAAAGUUCAGGGGAAGAGUUGGUUUGAGUGCGAUGGUGUCGUUCACCAUUUUAAGUCGGGUGAUAGGUCUCAUCCUGAAACAGAAUCAGUGUACAAAAUAUUGGAAGGGUUGAUCCAGAGAACAAAAAUGGAGGGAUUUGUACACACCACGGAAUUGGUUACAAUGGAUGUCUCUGAAGAGGAGAAGGAACGAAAUUUGCAUUAUCACAGUGAAAAGCUGGCACUGGCCUAUGCAAUCUUUAAAACUAGCCCUGGAACAGAAAUUAUGAUUUCGAAGAACCUUCGAAUUUGCAAUGACUGUCAUAAUUGGAUAAAAAUGGUUUCUGAGAUAUUAAGCAGAGUGAUCAUUGUUAGAGAUCGUAUACGUUUUCACAGGUUUGAAGGGGGAUCAUGUUCUUGUGGAGACUAUUGGUAGUCAGUUAAGGGAGAUAGAGCUAUUCCAGGAAUCCAUAAGCAGAGUUGGCAUGAUUAAUCUCCUACACAGCAGCUGCUGUAGUCCCAACCUCAAGAAUUUGAUAGGCAAACACAAGAUGAUAUUCUAUGAUUACUCGGUCACUUAUUAAGAAAUUCCAUGUUUAAAUGAUGCAUCCUCGAAUGGGUCUGCUUCGACUGUUAAACUCUGCUUCGCGUGGGAAAAGAAAUAGGAAGCACAAGAGUUUAAGGAAAUCAACCUUGCUUUAGAGCUAGACCAAGACCUCAAAGAAUGAUGCUCGGCUGUGCUGCGAUGUUGUUGGAGAAUGCAAAAUGGAGAGUGCAGAUAUUCAAUGGAGAGAUGAAUCCAUUCUUGGUGAGUUUACUUGUGCAAACAAUUGGCCGAGGGGAUUGAUAUACAUUUAUCGAUAUCGAUAAUAUGAUAAAUUAGAAAGCAGCUUCCGAUUCUAGUUGAUAGCCAUCUUUUUACAUAGUAUUAUCACUAUAUAAAGUCUACAUGAUAUAUUCAUCAUGUUGAGUCCAACUUUACAACGUUAUCACUAAGGCCUUUUAUUAGCAGCUUUGAAGGAUUGGAACUAAUGGAAGUUGACCUCCAUAUAUCUCCGGCAUUUGUGUCUCGUCAAUAUCUUCAAGGAGAGUCGAUUUCAACUUUUUGUUCUCCACAAAUACUAUCUGCAAGUAGACGCAGAAACAUUAUGACUAGGGCUGGAAAAUGCAUCCACGUGCCUUUAAAGAUGCUGGCGCGGCCAACAAAAUAGUCAUAGAAGUGUCCUAUGUAUGAAUAGAAGAAUAAGGAUGAAACCUGAAGUUUGUUUUUAGGGUUAAACAUAUAUAAUCCAUGUACCUUCUUCCUGGUGUUGUGGUCUAUAAAAGGACAAACUAGUUUCCACACUGCCAUAAAAAUGUAGGGUACGUGCACAAUGAACACCUUCCCCAGUCUCUCUGGAAAAUAGUCCUGCAAGUUCCAAUUCUGUUCAUCAGUAUAGUUGUAGCACUAACAUUUUAUUGAUACAUUAUUUUCCGUUUCAGAAAUGCGUCGAACACUUUGACAUUUUGUCUA